AUGUACACAGUCACCCUCCAGCUGACCAAUGGCCUGACUAUAGGUGACUACUGCGAUGUCUACCUCACGCACGACUCCAUGAGCGUGCGCAAGGCGCACAACUCUGGACGUAACCACCUGAGAAACGUCCUGGAAUACUACCAACAAAUCGGACAAGAAAAGGCCCAAUCGGUUAUUGAUUCCAUUACGUCGUCCUAUGCUGCCGAAGGCCAGGCCGUCCCGAACCCUGCAAUGGCUCCCCCGGGAGCUUACCCUCCGCCAUUCGGCUUCCCUGUCCGUCCAGGACAACUCCCCCCACCCCCGUUCGGAAUGCCUCUUCCGGGCGGACCAGGUGGCGCACCGGGCAUGCCUCCUCCCCCCGGAGCAAGAGGCCUUCCCUUCCCCCCUCCCUUCCCCACAGCCGGCGGCGCCCCUCCCGCAGGUCUUCCUCCCCUCCCCAACAUGCCCCCGGUGCUCAGGGUUUCCCUCCCCCACCCGGCGGUUUCCCGAACUUCCAAGCACCCCCUGGCGCUCCCGGUUUCCCGCCGAUUCCUCCCCCGGGCCAGGGCCCAGUUGGAUACAGCCCCAGCCCUACACCCGGUGUAG